GUUUUCGUCCAUUCUGACACAUUCGUCUGGAUGUGACUCUCGAGACACCUCUGUAAAGCAAUAUUGAACGAUUACAUAUCUGACGAAGAUGACCUUCGUCCAAGGCGGCGCUGACGGAGAAAAAUAGUUCGAGAAGCUUUGUUGCCUCUCACAUUUGGAGAGCGUUAAGAUAGAUCGGUAUACCGAGGAUAAGACUUCUGAAGUCGGAGAUUCGAUGCGGCGGAUAGAGAUGGCGAUUUUGGGGACGACGAAUUCGGUGUUGAUGGUGUUCUGUGCGUGCGUGGCGAUUGUCGCAGUUGGAGCGAGUGUCCGGAAAGCAGAACAAAGAGUGACUGAGCUUGGAAUUGGGGUCAAAUUUAAGCCGGAGGUAUGCGAGCUGAAGGCGCACAAGGGCGAUCUUGUGAGUGUGCACUACAUCGGGAGGCUCUCCGACGGGACACAGUUCGAAAAUAGUUAUGAUAGAAGGCAACCGCUAGAUUUCAAGCUAGGGACGGGGUCGGUCAUCAAGGGAUGGGACCAGGGCAUUCUCGGCAUGUGUGUCGGGGAGAAGCGGAAGCUCAAGAUUCCAGCCAAGCUCGCCUACGGCGCUCAAGGUGCUCCGCCCAACAUUCCUGGUGGUGCAGCUCUGAUCUUUGAGACGGAGCUCGUUGCUGUUAACGGGAGGAGUGGUCUAGGCCCUGAUGACGUCGUGGAGUCCCUACUUGGUAUGACUUCUGAGGAUUUGGAAUCCGUUCUGGACAGUUAGAUUUGCUAUGAGUUGUGCCCUGGAUCCGUUUUUGCAAGUUGGUUGAGUGUGGGAUCUUGCAACCGCCUGCAGCAACUUCUGUGAUUCCUUUGGUGGCAUUUAGGAAGCGGAUAUGACCAGCGUUUUGAGGUUUAGGGUAUCAUUCUGAAAGCAGUCAAGAAUUUUAGUUGGGUCUCAUCAUUUACCUUUCCGAUUUCAACCUUACAGUGUACAGAUUAGUAUGAGUUGAUGUCUGCGAGAGGGUUUGUCAACCUUACAGCUAAAAUCGGUCUAGUGAGCAGUUGAUAUUCUGUAGUGAUGUUCUUUGGCAACUUUACCUAUCAAUCUACAUUUGAGAGCUGCAGAAUUGACGCUCCUUUUCCAACUGCUCAAUUGAGCACAAUUUAUAAGGUUCCUUAGGAUCAUUUUAUGUUUUUUAGGUCGUUUAUUUGUAGUUUUCAGAAAGAAGGAUUUGCAGUUGCAGCAGGAGCAAUUCAUGUUCAAGUGGCUUUUAUUUCAUUAUCUUGGAUGAGGAAUUGUGGGGAGCCUUGUGACUUGUAACAUGUUGCAACUUAUAGUUCUUUGCUUGAGAAGGCUCAUAAUAAAUUUCUUCUUUAGAGCUUUAA